ACAUUCCACUUAGCAGUGCACUUUGAUUUUCAACGCCUCCAUCGCCGGCAGAUAUUCCCGCACGUUUCGGUCAUCCCUCGCUUUAUUUUGAACACACGCAGGCAGGAAGCAGAGACUCCGGUGAACUCUAAACUCCUGCCAUUUCCUGAAUCCGACUCCAGCACCCCCUGGCAGCUGGGGGGGAAAAGCAAGCUGCAACUUAAUUUAUCUUUUAUUUUUGGUUGGUUUGCUUGUUUAAAAUGCGCCCUGCAUUGGAAUAAAUGCUUCCCAGGGAAGGUUCAUCAUGAUGCUCACGGCGUCCACGCGCCUCAUGACAGUUGGACUAUGGCGACCAACGCUCCUCGUCAAGCCUCCUGGCCUCUGCCGCCCCAUCGCGAGGCCUUUCUCUGCCCAGAUCCCAUUGCCCCAGCUGCCGGUACCUCCGCUGAGGCACACACUGGAGCGCUACCUGCUGGCAUUGCAGCCUUUGGUGACCCCCGAGGAGCUGGAGCAGACACGGGAAAUGGUGAGAGAGUUCAGUAAACCACAUGGUUUCGGGCUGAAGCUACAGGACAGGCUGGAGAAACGUUCAAAGAGAACUGAGAACUGGCUCACCGACUGGUGGAUCCAGAGCGCUUACCUCACGUGUCGGCUUCCCCUGGCUGUUCACUCAAACCCAGCCGUGGUACUGCCCAAACAGGAUUACAAUGACUGGAAAGGACAGCUCAGAUUUGCAGCCAAGUUAAUCGCUGGAGUGUUGGACUUCAAGUCUAAGCUUGACAGCCAAUCACUUCCAACCGAGUAUAGCCGGGGCAAGCCCCUCUGCAUGGAUCUGUACGCCAAAAUCCUGUCUUCCUGUCGCAUCCCUGGACCCAAGCAUGACACAUUGAUAAACUACGGCUACACCCGGAGUCCACCAACACACAUCACAGUUGUCCGUAACUUCCAGUUCUUCCACCUGGAUGUGUACAACAGUGAUGGCUCCCCACUAACUGUGGACCAGAUUCACAUGCAGCUGCAGCGCAUCAGGAAUCUCUCCUGGAAGACAGACAAGGAGCCACUGGGAGUUCUGACCAGCGAUCACCGGAAUACCUGGGGCCAGGCCUACAAUACCCUCAUGAAAGACAAGCUGAACAGGGAAUCGGUCCGGGCCAUUCAGCAGAGUAUCUUCACCGUGUGCCUGGACUCGCCGGUCCUGAAAAUCUCUGAGGAAAAGUACACAAGCCGGAUGGCAGCCCAGAUGCUACACGGAGGAGGAAGCUACUCCAACAGCGGCAACCGUUGGUUCGACAAAACGCUGCAGUUCAUUGUUGGCGAGGAUGGAUCCUGUGGUGUUAUCUACGAACAAUCUUCUGCAGAGGGUCCACCCAUUGCUACCAUAUUGGACCACGUUCUAGAUUAUUGUAAGGACCCAGAUACAGUUCGAGCUCCAAUGAUUCCUCUGCCAUUACCCAAGAAACUUUACUUUUACAUCACUCCAGAGAUAAAACGGGACAUUGAGCAUGCAAAACAGCAUCUGGACAUUUUAGUCAAUGACUUGGACAUCAGCUGCUUCACCUACAGAAACUUUGGCAAAGACUUUCCCAAAAAACAUGGCAUGAGCCCGGACUCCUUUGUUCAGAUGGCACUACAGUUGGCCUACUUUAGAAUGUACAAGGAGCUAUGUUCCACGUGUGAGACUGUUUCUCUGAGAAACUUCCAUCUGGGACGCACUGAUGUAGUUCGGUCAUCAUCUACUGAUUCCUUGGAGUUCGUGGAAAGUAUGGAUGAUCCAGGAAAAGAGAUAAAGCAGAAGAUAGCAGCACUGAGGAGAGCCAUUGACUGCCACAGUGCAUAUACUGACAUGACACUUAAAGGGUUGGCCAUUGACAGACACCUGUUGGGGCUGAAGCUGCAGGCUAUUGAAGAAGGUCUGAGUGUGCCGGAGAUCUUUAUGGACACAUCUUUUGCUGUAGCAACACACUGGAGGCUCUCGACAGGGCAGGUUUCUGCCAGGGCAGACUGUGUGAUGUGUUUCGGUCCCAUGGAGCCAGACGGAUAUGGGGUUUGGUACAAUCCUUUAGAAGAUCACAUCAAUUUCUCUGUCUCUGCAUUCAAUUGUUGUGAAGAGACUAAUGCAGAAUGGUUUUCAAAAUCACUGGAGACUGCACUCUCAGACAUGCAGGACUUAGUUAUGGAGGCAUCUGGUCAGACCACAUAGGGAAAAUCGGUCAGGAAGAGCCAGUCUCCUGUACAAAGACAGCAAUAUAGCAUUUUACUGAGAGGUCACCUUGUAAUCUGAACUAACAUGAUUUAUUAAGGCUGAUGGUUGUUGGAUCCAGCAGCUGAACUAAUGGUAUUCAUACAUGUACAAUGCAGGAAGCUGUUUACAACCAGAAAUUUGCUUUCUGUCUCAGUAUUCAAAGGUCAAAGUAUAAUAUCCCUUAAUAUGUUUGAUGAACCCCAAGUUGUCAUUUGUAAUUCAUCUGCAUUUAUCUGUUACAAAUGAAGUGUGUUUGUGAGGAUGGAAAAGGUGAGCUUCAUUUAUUAUCUGCAUUGGACUUCUUUGCAUAGUGUUUAUUGGCAGCUUCUCUUACAACUUAACAUGUGAAGGUACUGCUUUCACUGCAUAGAACACUAAACGUGCAAUAAACCUGUUACAACUAUACAUUAACAGCCGUUAUUUGUAAUUUAUCAUCUUUACACACACAUUUUUACAUUUUCUUAUUGCCUUUUAUGUUCACAGUCCAUUGAAAUUCUAACUCAGCAUGUUCCCCAAUCAACAAAGCUCAUUUCUUUAAUUACUUUAUCUCUGUUCACCCCUUUGUACAGGGAUCUGGAUUGUCAUUACUGUUGCAUUGGAGGUUGACCAAUAUGGAAUAUUCAUUUUGUGCAUUUUGAUUUGCAUUUGAAGCUCAAAUCCAAAGAAAGUAAACAUAAUUGCCAUUCCCAACAUUAGAAUAUUUCAUAUACUUUGCUCAUUGUUUGACGUUUCUUGCAAGUAUUCAGGCUAAAUGCCACACUGGGCUCUCUUAGUCUUCAAGGUUUGUGAAUGAUUCUAUUCACAAGAAGUGGUGAGAUGUAACAAUAUUUUGAAUAAAUAGAUUCUUACAACU